AUGCCUUUUAUGCUGCCUCGAAAGACCAUCCUACACAAGAGGUUCGAAGGGUUAUCGAAAAAUAUUUCUAGUCAAUAUAGAGAGAUAAUUAUGGACAAGAAAAAUCUUCUUACAGAAAAGGACCUGGAAGAGUACUGGAAAAAUUUUACAGGUCUAAGUGACGACGAAAUCGAUUUUAACGAUGAGCAUAGCGAUGAAGAUUGCAUGAUUGGAGGCGAUGAUGAAGCCGACGUGGAAGAAGAUGAAAGAAAUCCUACUGGAAGUGGUGUCCAAGAAGAUUCAGAGGAUGAAGAAGAUCUUUUGCCCCUCUCUUCUUUUUUGCCAUUGAGAGGAGCAGGACAAUCCGUGAAAAAGGACAUACUUUGGAAAUCGAAGUCAUUGAUUCUGAAUGAAGAUCAACUACGUUUUCAUGGAGAUGUAGAAGUUUCGGAGCAAAUUUCUGCAUUGGAACGGCCAGUUCAGUUUUUCAACUACUUCUUUUCAAGUGAGUUAGUGAAGAAAAUUUUAGAAGAAACCAAUUUAUAUGCGGUUCAAUCCAAACCUGAGAGACCACCCUCUUUCGACGAAAACGACAUAAGGCAGUUUUUUGGCAUACUAAUAUAUACAUCAUUGGUGAAUAUGCCCAAUACGAGGUCAAUGUGGAAUGAUGAAUUGAGAUUUGCACCGGUAGCUGAUGUGAUGCCAAUAAACAAAUUUGAGACUAUAAGAAGGUUUAUACAUUUCAACAACAAUGACACAUUUAUACCGCGUGAUCAAGCAGGCCACGAUAGGCUUCAUAAAAUCAGACCCGUUAUUGAUUUUCUGAAUGAUAAAUUUUCAUCGGUUGCCUUGGAACAAAAUCUGAGUAUAGACGAACAAAUGUGCUCCACCAAGGUGAGGCAUUUUAUGAAGCAAUAUAUGCCGAUGAAGCCCCAUAAAUGGGGUUUCAAAUUUUUUGUUAUGUCAGGUAUUUCUGGAUUUGCCUAUAAAUUUGAAAUUUAUGCUGGCCAAGAAAAGAAAAAUGUACCCACUGGCGAACCUGACCUUGGAGUAACAUCUAAUUUGGUUUUACGUUUAGCCAGCAUUAUUCCACGACAAAAAAAUUACAGACUUUAUCAUGACAACUACUAUACAUCAAUUCCUCUAAUGGUACAUUUAGCGAAGGAGGGAAUUUAUUCCUUGGGUACCAUACGUAGAAAUAGGGUACCAAAUUGUAAAUUACCCACAGAAUCAACCAUGAAAAAUGUUGACCGAGGAACAAGUUAUGAAUUUGUGGCAACAAUUGAUGGUGUAGAUGUUUCAUCUGUUAUCUGGAAGGACAAUAAAUGUGUAACAUUAGUAUCUUCAUUUGCUGGAAAAACUCCAAUUUCAAAAGUCAGAAGAUAUGAUAGAAAGGUGAAGAAAAUCAUCGAAGUUGAUUGUCCUUAUAUCAUAACUGAGUACAACAGACACAUGGGAGGUGUAGAUCUGAUGGAUAGUUUUAUGGGACGAUAUAAAAUAUAUAUGAAGAGUCGUAAGUGGUACAUCAGAAUUUUUUACCACCUUUUAGAUAUGAGUUUGGUCAACUCCUGGUUACUUUAUAAAAGAGUGCAUUCUAAAAAACAACCAGCGUGCAAGUUAUUGAACCAAGCACAAUUUCGUGCAGAAGUGGCUUAUACUUUACGCAACCUGAGAUCGGUUGCUAACAAACGUGGCCGACCAAGCAUAAAUUCAGAACAAGAAAUCGAAAAUAAGAGAAAAAGAGGGCCAAUGAAGCAUAUACCUCCAUCUGAAGUAAGAGCAGACCAAACUGGACAUUGGCCUAGUAUUGCAGAUAAAAAAAUUCGAUGCAAGCUCCCUAACUGUAAAGGAUUCACUCAUACUAUAUGUGAGAAGUGUGGAGUAGGAUUAUGUCUUAUGUCUAAAUAA